AUGAUAGCAUGUACUGUAACUCACCCCUUAGAUUUGGCUAAAGUUCGAUUACAGACAGCUUCAAUUCCUGGUCAAUCAUUGGUCUCGAUGAUUUAUCAGAUAAUAACUAAGGAAGGAUUCUUCAAGAUUUACUCAGGACUUACAGCAUCGUUAUUGAGGCAAGCCACUUAUUCAACAACUAGAUUCGGAAUAUACGAGUUCUUAAAAGAAGAGUAUACAACCUCUUUCAAGAAGCAACCAAGUACUUCGGUGCUAUUACCUAUGUCAAUGUUGGCAGGUGCUUUGGGAGGGUUGGUUGGAAAUCCUUCUGAUGUUGUGAACAUUAGAAUGCAAAAUGAUUCUACUUUGCCAACUGAACACAGAAGAAAUUACAGAAACGCACUAGAUGGAAUUUUCCGCAUCAUUAAGGAAGAGAAAGUUCUGUCAUUAUUUCGAGGUUUACUUCCCAAUCUUGUGCGAGGUGUUUUAAUGACUGCCUCCCAAGUAGUCACUUAUGACUUGGCUAAGAAAUUGUUGGUAGAAACGAUCCAUUUCGAUCCCUCUAAGAAAUCUACACAUUUUAGUGCAUCUUUACUUGCUGGGCUCGUCGCCACUACUGUAUGUUCUCCUGCUGACGUAGUAAAAACUAGAAUCAUGAAUGCCAAAGGAGCAAAUCAAGGAAGUGCACUGUCCAUCUUGUUGCAUGCAGUCAGAACAGAGGGUAUAGGUUUCAUGUUUAGAGGCUGGUUACCAUCGUUUAUUAGAUUAGGACCACACACAAUUGUCACUUUCCUAGCCUUGGAGCAGCUUCGGAAAUUUAGAAUUGGAAUGUCUAUUUAG